UCUGGUUGUGCGGUGGGCUGGAACUGGCCAGAACCCGGCAGUCGGGUUCGGACCCCGGAAUCUAGUUCUACGCGCGGGUCUUCUCCCUCCUUCGCUCCCCACCCCCUCCCCCCCACGUCGGGGGAGGCGGCGUGUCCGGCGGAGGGUUGUGGGGCUCCAGGCAGGGCUGGAGCGCCAUGAGCAGCCCGGAUGCGGGGUAUGCCAGUGACGAUCAGAGCCAGACCCGGAGCGCGCUGCCCGCGGUGAUGGCCGGGCUGGGCCCUUGUCCCUGGGCCGAAUCGCUGAGCCCCCUCCAGGACAUGAAGGUGAAGGGCGAGGCAGCCGCGAGUAGCGGGGCGCCAGCCGGGGCCGCGGGUAGAACCAAAGGCGAAUCUCGCAUCCGGCGGCCGAUGAACGCUUUCAUGGUGUGGGCCAAGGACGAGCGCAAGCGCCUGGCGCAGCAGAACCCAGACCUGCACAACGCUGAAUUGAGCAAGAUGCUAGGCAAGUCAUGGAAAGCGCUGACCCUGGCGGAGAAGCGGCCCUUCGUGGAGGAGGCGGAGCGGUUGCGCGUUCAGCACAUGCAGGACCACCCCAACUACAAGUACCGACCCCGGAGGCGAAAGCAGGUGAAGCGGCUCAAGCGGGUGGAGGGCGGCUUCCUGCAUGGUCUCGCGGAACCGCAGGCGGCUGCGCUUGGUCCGGAGGGCGGUCGCGUGGCCAUGGACGGCCUGGGCCUGCCCUUCCCAGAACAGGGCUACCCCGCGGGACCGCCGCUAAUGCCCCCACACAUGGGCGGCCACUACCGUGACUGCCAGGGACUGGGCGCACCCCCGAUUGACAGCUAUCCGCUGCCCACUCCCGACACAUCCCCACUGGACGGCAUGGAGCCAGAUCCCGCUUUCUUUGCCGCGCCGCUGCCCGGAGACUGUUCGGCCGCUAGCCACUACAGCUACGCUCAGGCUUCGGACUACGCAGGGCCCCCAGAGCCGCCCGCCGGCCCCCUGCACUCGCGGCUGGGCCCGGAAUCUGCUGGCCCAGCAAUGCCGGGCCUUCUGGCGCCCCCCAGCGCCCUGCACAUGUACUACGGCGCUAUGGGCUCGCCGGGGGCGGGCGGCGGGCGCGGCUUCCAGAUGCAGCCGCAGCACCACCCACCCGGUCCGGGACAGCCGUCGCCGCCUCCUGAGGCUCUGCCCUGCCGCGACGGCGCGGAAACGAACCAGCCAGCGGAGCUUCUCGGGGAGGUAGACCGCACGGAAUUUGAACAGUAUCUGCACUUUGUGUGCAAGCCCGAGAUGGGUCUCCCCUACCAGGGACACGACUCUAGUGUGAAUCUCCCAGACAGCCACGGGGCCCUUUCCUCGGUGGUGUCGGAUGCCAGCUCUGCGGUAUAUUACUGCAACUACCCUGACGUUUGACAGGUCCCCAGCGUACCCAGCCUGCAGGCCAGAAGCACAGUGUUACCCGCCUUCCGGAGGAGCUAAGGAAAUCCUCAGCCUCAUUUUUUGUGUGUUUUUAAGUUGCCUCGACAUAUAAUUUAUGGUAAUUUAUUUUGUCUGCCACUUGAACAUUUGAUAGGAAAAUGAGCUUAUGUGUUAAGAUUUGUGCAGAUACUUGUUUACCAAAGUUGCAUUGUCAAAAGCCUAUUUCUGCGUUUAAGUUUACCGGUUUAGAUUGUGUACCAGAAGAAUUUGUUCCAUUUUUUGAAAAAAAAUAUUGAUCAAAGAAAUUUUG